GUCUGUAAUAUUUAUCAUAGGUACACUUCAACUGUGAGAGAUUGAUUGAGUGUGUGGACAAUCUGUUUGAUUGAGUGUGUGGACAGGUGUCUUUUAUACAGGUAAUGAGUUCAAACAGGUGCAGUUAAUACAGGUAAUGAGUGGAGAACAGGAGGGCUUCUUAAAGAAAAACUAACAGGUCUGUGAGAGCUGGAAUUCUUACUGGUUGGUAGGUGAUCAAAUACUUAUGUCAUGCAAUAAAAUGCAAAUGAAUGACUUAAAAAUCAUACAAUGUGAUUUUCUGGAUUUUUGUUUAUUAUUCCGUCUCUCACAGUUGAAGUGUACCUAUGAUAAAAAUUACAGACCUCUACAUGCUUUGUAAGUAGGAAAACCUGCAAAAUCGACAGUGUAUCCAAUACUUGUUCUCCCCACUGUAUAUAUGCUGCUUACUGUGUGAUGCCUAUGAGUCCUAUCAUGUUGUACUAUUGCAUGUCACUUUCUGCCUUUUGCAGUGAAUCCUGAGUACCGGUAUAACCUUUCCAGAUGUAUAAUUUAUUUAUAAAAUGUAUAGAAGGCGUUGUUAUUGUAAAGAUGCAGAAGCAUAGCCCCGCCCUCCUGCUGCGCAUCCAACAUAUAAAUAAUUUGAGGCUGCCGACGCUCCUCUAUUCACAUCGUUGCACGCACUUGGUGACAUCCACCUCCAAAGUUUUCGCGCGUCAAGACGCUUUCUAUGUCUAUCCUUUAAACAAUUGCUGUAGAACAGUUAAGGUCUUUAGUCUGUUAAUAAUUAUGUGUACAUUUUCAUAAGGACAUUUCUAUUUCAGUUGCAUACAUUUUCCAAUGCAGAUUUGGGGGUUUGUGAUAUGCUGUGCAGUUGAUAGGUUAUAUUUGAACUAUUUGUGAACAUUAGCUUAAGGACCGAAUAAUUUGAGUUUUUAUCAUAAAAUUGUGUUAUUUUGUAGCGAAAUUAUGACUUUCUUUACUUCAAAUAAUAGUAAUAUAAGUUUGGAAACGGAAUUGGCAGAAGAUGUGCCACGUGAUGAGCGCUUGGCUCGAGUUGAAAUAGCCCUUUUGAGCAUCAUAUUUUUCAGUGCCGCAAUGUUAAACUUUGUACUGCUAUUGGUGUUGUGGAAGCAGAGGACGCAGCUGUCGAGGAUGCGCGUCUUUGUUUUUCACCUUUGCCUGGCAGACCUGGUGGUCACCUUUUUCCAAGUUUGUCCGCAGCUGAUGUGGGAUGUAACGGACAGAUUCAUUGGUCCUGACAUAAUGUGCCGCCUGGUGAAAUACAUGCAGGUCGUUGGCAUGUUUGCCUCCACUUACAUGAUUGUAGUGAUGACCAUUGAUCGCUACCAAGCCAUCUGUAACCCCAUGGUGACUUUCCAAAGGCGCAGAGCGAGCUGGAACGUGCCUGUGUGCGUUGCAUGGUCCGUGUCCCUCUUCGGCAGUCUCCCUCAACUGUUCAUCUUCUCCCGAGUUCAAAUUGCGCCUGGUGUCUAUGACUGCUGGGCUGACUUCAUCAAACCUUGGGGACUAAAAGCUUACGUGACCUGGACCACUCUGGUGAUAUAUGUGUUGCCAAUCUUAACUGUUAUCGUUUGCCAGGUGCGUAUUUGCCGAGCUGUUCAAAUCAACUUUCACAUGAAAACACAUCAACCAUCGGAAAUUGUCACCAAACCUCUGCACUCCAGGACCAGUAGCGUUGCUGGAGUGUCCAAAGCCAGGAUCAAGACCGUGAAGAUGACCGUGGUCAUUGUUCUUGUCUACAUUAUCUGUUGGACUCCUUUCUUCACUGUCCAGCUGUGGUCCGUCUGGGAUGUCCACGCACCCACUGAGACUGCAACUUUCUCUAUCCUGAUGCUUCUGGCAAGUCUGAACAGCUGUGCAAACCCCUGCAUCUACCUGCUCUUCAGCGGGAAGCUCCCCAAGAGACUCAUGGCGGUGUGUGUUAGCCAGUCGGACAUUAAGGACUCCAUACAAGAAGAAGCCACUGUGGUCAGCUCCUUGUAUAUCAGUUUUAAGAGCCUUUCUGAAUCCAGAUGAAACAAGCGGCACAGCGCUCUCUCUGGCUGUUAGAGCUUGAUGUAUACAGUUGAAGUCGGAAGUUUACAUACACUUAGGUUGGAGUCAUUAAAACUCAUUUUUCAACCACUCCACAAAAUUCUUGUUAACAAACUCUAGUUUUGGCAAGCUGGAUAGGACAUCUACUUUCUGCAUGACACAAGUAAUUUUUCUCAACAAUUGUUUACAGACAGAUUAUUUCACUUAUAAUUCACUGUAUCACAAUUACAGUGGGACAGAAGUUUACAUACACUAAGGUGACUGUGCCUUUCAACAGCUUGGAAAAUUCCAUAAAAUUAUGUCAUGGCUUUAGAAGCUUCUGACAGGCUAAUUGACAUCAUUUUAGUCAAUUGGAGGUGUACCUGUGGAUGUAUUUCAAGGCCUACCUUCAAACUCAAAGCCUCUUUUGAGCUUGACAUCAUGGGAAAAUCAAAAGAAAUCAGACAGACCUCAGAAAAGGAAUUGUAGACCUCCACAAGUCUGGUUUAUCAUUUCCAAAUGCCUGAAGGUACCACGUAAAUCUGUACAAACAAUAGUACGCAAGUAUAAACACCAUUGAACCACGCAGCCGUCAUACCGCUCAGGAAGGAGACACAUUCUGUCUCCUAGAGAUGAAUGUACUUUGGUGCGAAAAGUGUGAAUCAAUCCCAGAACAACAACAAAGGACCUUGUGAAGAUGCUGGAGGAAAUAGGUAAAAAAGUAUCUAUAUCCACAGUAAAACGAGUCCUAUAUCGACAUAACCUGAAAGGCCGCUCAGCAAGGAAGAAGCCACUGCUCCAAAACCGCCAUGAAAAAGCCAGACUAUGGUUUGCAACUGCACAUGGGGACAAAGAUCGUACUUUUUGGAGAAAUGUCCUCUGGUCUGAUGAAACAAAAAUGUUUGGCCAUAAUGACCAUCAUUAUGUUUGGAGGAAAAGGGGAGGCUUGCAAGCCGAAGAACACCAUCCCAACCGUGAACCCCCGGGGUGGCAGCAUCAUGUUGCGGGAGUGCUUUGCUGCAGGAGGGACUGGUCUACUUCACAAAAUAGAUGGCAUCAUGAGGGAGGAAAAAAUGUGUGGAUACAUUGAAGCAUCAUCUCAAGACAUCAGUCAGGAAGUUAAAGCUUGGUCACAAAUGGUUCUUCCAAAUGGACAAUGACCCCAAGCAUACUUCCAAAGUUGUGGCAAAAUGGCUUAAGGACAACAAAGUCAAGGUAUUGGAGUGGCCAUCACAAAGCCCUGACCUCAAUCCUAUAGAACAUUUGUGGGCAGAACUGAAAAAGCGUGUGUGAGCAAAGAGGCCUACAAACCUGACUCAGUUUCACCAGCUCUGUCAGUAGGAAUGGGCCAAAAUUCACCCAACUUAUUGUGGGAAGCUUGUGGAAGGCUACCUGAAACAUUUGACCCAAGUUAAACAAUUUAAAGGCAAUGCUAUAUAAUACUAAUUGAGUGUAUGUACACUUCUGACCCACUGGGAAUGUGAUGAAAGAAAGAAAAGCUGAAAUAAAUCAUUCUCUCUGCUAUUAGAAUGUGACAUUUCACAUUCUUAAAAUAAAGUGGUGAUCCUAACUGACUUAAGACAGGGAAUUUUUACUAGGAUUAAAUGUCAGGAAUUGUGAUAAACUGAGCUUAAAUGUAUUUGGCUAAGGUGUAUGCAGACUUCGACUGUAGAUAUAAAGAACAUAUUCCGUAUACAGGUCAUUUCUAAGAUCAUCUAUAUCAUAGGGGGAAAAAUGAUAAUUAUUUUUGUACAUGUCAUACACAUCACAAUGUUAUAGCACAUUUGUUUGUUUGUUUUUACUCUGAAAAUGAAUAUAGACUGGGAGCUGUGUACAAAUAUGUAAAUAUAAAUGCACGUGUACAUUUGAACAUAGAGAUAAGGCUAAUGAUGAUUCAGAGAUGUUCUACAUCUCAUGGCAUGAAUUUUAACAUCCAAACAUUGAGCUGGUUACAUGAUAUAUAUACACAGUAAAAUCAACAUACACUACUGUUCAAAAGUUUGGGGUCACUUAGAAAUGUCCUUGUUUUUGAAAGAAAAGCACUGUUUUUGUCCAU